UAAAUUGAUAGCCUUUGCCCCUUGGCCGGGAGAGUUGGGAGUUUCAGGGAGUUGGGGCAGAACGACCUCGUUGGAUUCUUGGAUGAAAGAUCCUGUGGUUGAAAUAGAAGCCGUAGCCGCCGCAGGAGAGAAUACGGUAUCUAGAAGCUAGCAACCUCGCUUGAGUUGCCGUGGGAAUGAAGGAAGCAAAGCAGAAGAAGAACGUUCCUGUACUCCCAUGGAUGAGAAGCCCUAUUGAUGUCAGUCUCUUCGAAGAGUGUCCUCUCCAUCUCUUUCCAUGUCUCGAUCCCAGGUUGGAGGUGGCUUUGAAGAACAUGGGCUUCUCAUCACUCUUUCCAGUGCAGGUUGCAGUUUGGCAAGAGACAGUUGGACCUGGUGCUUUUGAGCGAGACCUUUGUAUAAACUCACCAACCGGAAGUGGGAAAACUUUAGCUUAUGCUUUGCCAAUAGUGAACGUGCUGUCAAGUCGUGCUGUUAAGUGUCUACGUGCCUUAGUGGUGUUGCCUACUCGUGAUUUGGCCUUGCAGGUUAAAGAAGUUUUUGCUGCUAUUGCACCUGCAGUGGGCUUAUCCGUUGGCCUGGCAGUUGGUCAAACUUCAAUUGCUGAUGAAAUUUCAGAACUUAUUAAAAGACCCAAGCUUGAGGCAGGGAUCUGUUAUGACCCAGAAGAUAUUUCACUGGAAUUACAAAGUUCAGUAGACAUAUUGGUGGCAACACCUGGAAGGCUGAUGGACCAUAUCAAUACCACUAAGGGUUUUACACUUAAGCAUCUUCGUUAUCUUGUUGUUGAUGAAACAGAUAGAUUACUCAGGGAGGCAUAUCAGUCCUGGCUACCCACCGUUCUCCAGUUGACUCGCUCUAGUGAUGAAAGCCUGUUCCCUUGUGGCAAGACCAUUCUUCCUUCUACAUUUGGUUCCAUGAACACCAUAAGGAGAUGUGGUGUUGAAAGGGGGUUUAAGGGUAGAUCUUACCCUAGGCUUGUGAAAAUAGUACUAUCUGCCACACUAACUCAAGAUCCAAGCAAGCUUGCUCUGCUUGAUCUGCAUCAUCCUUUGCUUUUGACGGCAGGGCAAAGGCGUUAUCAGCUCCCAGAAAAACUAAAAUCUUUUAGGCUGAUUUGUGAAUCUAAACUUAAACCCCUGUAUUUGGUCGCCCUUCUAAGGGAUUUAGGAGGGGAGAAAUGCAUUGUUUUCACAUCAUCUGUAGAGUCAGCUCAUCGGCUAUGUACCUUACUGAAUUUUUUUGGUGAUUUGCAAAUCAAGAUUGGGGAGUAUUCAGGUCUUCAACAUCAACGUGUGAGAAGCAAGACUUUGGAGGAGUUCCGUGGAGGGAAAAUACAAGUACUGAUUUCCUCUGAUGGAAUGACCCGUGGAAUGGAUGUCGAAGGGGUGAGAAAUGUUAUUAAUUAUGAUGUGCCUAAAUUUAUCAAGACGUAUAUACAUCGGGCUGGUCGGACUGCAAGAGCAGGCCAGACUGGUUGUUGCUUCACACUACUGCGUAAAGAUGAGGAUAAGCGUUUCAAGCAGCUGUUGCAGAAAGCUGACAGCGACUCAUGUCCUGUUCACUCUGUUGCUUCAAAUUCAAUUGAGGCACUUCACUCUGUUUACGUUUCUGCAUUGGAGAAACUGAAAGAUACAGUUGUAUCAGAAACAACCAGGAAGCGCAAAAUCAAUUUCAAGUCUUCAGGAGCAGAUAAAAGAAAACAAGAAAAGCACUUGAAGGAAUAGUUUGUUUCAUAAGCAGGAAGUCUUCCUGUAAUGAAGUCCAUUUUGCAGGACAUAGGAGGUGUUCAUACUGUGAAAAAUUCUGGGCAUGUUUGGCAAUGGAGACUAUACCAUUCACCCCUUUUUGUUUUGGCAUUACCAACUCUAGGGUAUUGGUUUUGGCUUGAGGCAGUGGGUGCAACAAUUACCAAUCAAUGAAAUUUGGAUUGAAGUUUGAAGCUAUCAUACCUUGGAAUUUUGGUGUUACCAGAAAAAAAAAAGGUACCAACAAUCAAAUUGCAACAGCUAGCUCUUAUUUCAACUAGGGUACUAGUUCUUUACCAAACUGAUUUGUGCAUAAAAUGCUAGUAUAGAGGCUGGUUUUCCCACUUGAACCUUAUUAAAAAGUUCUGAAAACAGUCUUUCUUCUUAUUCUAUAAUCUUCAAAGUUACUUUAAAAAGAUACUGCUUAUUUCUUGAAUCCAACAUGCUUUUCGCAGCUUUGGGUUAAAUAUAAUCGUGUUUGGCUCAAAUUUGUGUUGACUUGUAUAACCUAUUUAAUAAAUAGGUAGUUUUUAGGUCAACCUGUAUAAAAUAUAUUUGACCUGAAUCAACCCCAUUUAAUAAUCAUGUUGAUUAACUUAAUUAUAAUUUGAAACUAUUUAAACCAUAUUUGACUCAUUUUAAAUUUGCUUUUUAAUGAAUAGGUCAAUUGAGUUAUAAAUAUAUCUGAUUGGUACAUUAAUCAUAUAGAUUUAUAUAAGAUCUAACUCAACUUGAUUAAUAAAUAUGAAGAUUUAAUUAUUGAAUGUAUUAGAUAGGUUACACGAUUUGUGUUUAAUGUGGGUAUAUGUUUUUAACCCAAUUAUUAUUCAUAUCAUUUUGCCCUUGAGGCCAAACUCAAGUGGUAAAGGGAUGAGGAGGGUUUGUGAGAGGUUCUAGGUUCAAAUCCCAAUUGGGAAAAGAAUUUACUUAUAUAAUUUUUUAUUUUUUUUUUCAUAUCGUGUUCUCUUCGUAAAUCUUUAUAUAUAUAUAUAUAUAAAUUAGGAUUAUAUUCCCUGUAGAACAGUUACCAUCAUGUGUGCCAUUACCUUUCAAUAUAUAAUAGAAUACAUCAUUAUGCCAAAAAAAUUUCCCCCUUAAGGUGAAGAUUAGUAAUAAGCAAUAUAUGCAAAGUAUUUUAACCAUAUAGUACUUGGAUGCUUAGGGAAUGCUCUUGAACACAAUAAGAUGAAACUACAACGCAACUUCUUGUUUUUAUUACACGAUUUGCUGAUACAAAAGGGUGUAUCUACAGCAUCAGCAAAGCUUAGUCUUCAACCCAUUUCCCAGAACUAAAAGAGAGCACAUUGAUUUGUAGAAAAAAGGAGUACGGCCUUCCAAAAAAAAA